GAGGGGGGGUUGAGGGGACGUGUAGGAGGAGACUUGACUUGCUUCAGAAGGGAAUAGGAGCCGGAGCGCAAUUCCAAAACAGCUGUCCGGCAGACGUCCCAGUCGACAGAAGUGCAGCCCCGAGGCAGAGACAGGAGGCAGGGCAGUGUCAACAUGCCACAGGAGCAGCAAAGCAGCCACUGAACACACACAUACAGACACACAUCAACCUGGGGCUGCAGCAUUCGGGAGAGCACCAGGAACCUGAGGAAGGAUCAAGAUCUGCCCAUCGGAAUAUCUGAGGAAAGUGGCCAUUUGACCUUUCUACAUCGUCGGACAUCACCAGUCCUGCUUGGAAUCCCAUUUCCUGAUCGAUGCUGCAAUUGCUGAAAUUAUUUUUGGAGUCCUGCAUGACCGGUGUGUUACUGAGAAUGUAACUCGAGCUUCUCCCCUGGGGAACUGUAACGUCCAGAACUUAUAGAGCACUUCCGACUUUUCUAUCCUGCAUAUCUGAGACCUCUUCCGCAGUUACAGCCAUGCCAGCAAAAGCGCCCAUAUACCUGAAACCCAACAAUAAUAAGAAGGGAAAGAAAUGUCGCCUCAGAGAUAUUUUGUCCCCAGACAUGAUCAGUCCACCGCUUGGGGACUUUCGCCACACCAUCCACAUUGGCAAGGGUGGGGAGAGAGAUGCCUUCGGAGACAUGUCUUUCCUCCAGGGAAAGUAUGAACUCCUACCCGGGAAGGGGGACGUCCAUCCUCAGUAUGGCAUCCAAAGUGAGUUUCUGAGAGCUAACAGCACCGGUGAUGCUUCCUUUGCCGAAACCCCUUCUCCGGUGCUCAAGAACGCCAUCUCCCUCCCAACUAUUGGUGGUUGCCAGGCACUUACCUUGCCCCUGAUCUCCUCCACUGUGUUCUCCAUGCCUCCGGAGCCGUUGGAGGACAUCAUUGGGCCUACAGCUCCCAUGAAACCUGACAGCACAGAGGAGGUAGAGAUCCUGCAGAUGGAUGCUUUGUUGCGCUCCAUGGACGUCUUCAGCAGCGAGCCUUCGUCUCCCUCCAAGGAUAUCCAGUCGAAGCCUGACGUCCUCCUGGAUCUGCUUGAAAACACAGAUAAGUCCACCUCUAAGGCAGUUGCCAAAGUGAACAAAAUAAACAAGAGUGAAACCAGGUUUGACAAGCCAUCAUCCUAUUAUAUCAACGGUCACAGCAACAGCACCUUCAAAGCCAAUGGAAGCCUGAACAGCAACACAAGCAGCGACAGCUUUGACAGCUUUAUCGGUAAAGGGGACUUCCAGAACAAGAUCUGCAAUGGCAGCCUCAAUGGCAAUGGCAACUGCAAUGGUUAUGGACAUUACAACAAUGACAUUACUAUGGGCUUCAAGCAGGAGCUCUCAAAGUGCAAUGGAGAGUGGGUGGACAGGGACAGUGGGGUGGAGGAGGGCCGCAUCUGUGAUUUUGAGUUUGAGUUUUCCAAGGAGAAGAGCACGUCACAGGAUUCCCUCGCCCAGAUCACGGGGUCAUUCCUCUCCCUUGAACUUGAUCUGGGCCCAUCCAUCCUGGACGAUGUGCUCAACAUAAUGGAUAAACCCGCAGUGAAGAGCAGGCCUUGAGCUGCGCUGAGGCCCCAAGAGGAGAAAGGGAAUUAUUAAACUAUAGCCAUGAGGAGAGAAAGACUCAAAAAGCAAUCAAAAUGGUGUCUGGAUAUAUCAUUGAGAUGAAAAUGAGCUACAAUAGACAGAGCUGCUUAUGUUUUUAUUGUCAAAACAUAUAACUAUUCUAGCUUCUAUGGAGUGUUGAUUCUUCUUCUUUUUUGUUUGCCAUGCCAGCUGCAUGUUUAAAAUGCAUGUACUAUUGAGUUACAGCUAAAACACAGCCAUCGUGCCUUUGACUGUAAAAAUGCUACAUGAUAGAUUUGUGUUCUUAGGUUGACUCCCACAGCAUAUACAUAAUAACUUUGAGGUCCUUUUGCUUUUUUUUUUUUACACAGUGUUAAACAUAUUGCAUUUUGUGACUUUAAGUGUGUUUAACAAAGCUUUCUUUUGUUUGUCACAUAAUUCAUUUGCCACAUGACUAUUUCAAACAACAGAACACUAUGCAUAUUUGUGUUUUUAAAGUUUUAACACAAAUAAAUUACUUUUGUCCUA